UACCAGCCAGCAUGUGUUAGCAGUUAAAAUCGAUUCGUCUGUCUUUAGUAGUGCUGCUCGUGUCGGCGGGUGAGAUAGCGGAUUAUUCAGUGUGGAUUACUGAGCUCGUGUUCAACAGUUUGAUAUUAUGCAUAACACGUAACAAAAACUCUUAAGCAACUGGACGACAAGUACCGCACUCAACCUUUGUGUUGGAAAUCAAGCGUCCCAUAGUGUACUUGAUAAACAAACUUCAAUACUGUGAACUACUGGAAAGUAACAAAAUAUAAGUGACCUGAAACUAGACUUACCUUGGCUUCUUCGACACAAGCGUCGGCGGCCUCUACCUCUGAGUGCUUGGUAUCAAGUGGUAAAGAGUGAACCAGGAGCUAUGAAUCGUAGAAAAUCAUCGACUUCGUCCCUGGACGAGAUCAGCGCCAGCUACGACGUGCCGGUGAUCGACCCCACGUCCGUUCCCAAGGUACUAUCCUGUAUGGGCACAAGGAGUCCAUAGACUCGCUGGUGGAUGCCGAGUGGAGUCAAGAGUCCAGAGUGCUGGUGUUGUACACAGGGGGAACCAUUGGCAUGGUCAGAAACGACAGAGGAAAGCUGGCACCUAUACCCCGGGAACUGGAGACCAACAUCCGUAGGUAUCCUCACAUGCACGACGACUUAUAUGCCAGCAAGCACUUCAAUGGCCUGUGCAACCCUCCGCUCGUCCUCCCAGACUGUAAGGAGAAGCGACGGGUGGUGUACUGGGUGUAUGAAUAUGAUCCUCUGCUGGAUUCCUCUAACAUGACCAUGGAUGACUGGAUUCGCAUUGCCAAGGAUAUUCGGGGUGUAUACGAGAUGUUUGAUGGGUUUGUGGUGCUCCAUGGGACAGACACUCUGGCCUACACUGCCUCGGCUCUCUCCUUCAUGUUGGAGAACCUGGGCAAGCCUGUUGUCAUUACUGGGUCACAGAUUCCCAUUUUUGAGACUCGGAGUGAUGGAAGGGACAACUUCAUCGGGUCAGUGAUCAUGGCGGGGAGUUACACGAUCCCUGAAGUGUCAGUGUUUUUCAAUAACAAAUUGUAUCGUGGGAAUCGGACAACCAAAGUAUCGACAGGUAGACUACAAGCCUUUGACUCCCCGAACAUGUCUCCGCUGGCCAUUGCUGGCAUCUCCAUUCAAGUUGACUAUCGCUCUGUGUUUCGGCCAACUUGUCUGGAGAAAUUUACAGUGUUUGACCGCCUGAACCGUCAUGUGGGUAUCCUGCGGAUAUUUCCCUCCAUUUCAGCAGAGACGGUUUGCUCAUUCCUUCAGCCCCCCAUGGCUGGGGCUGUCAUACAGACCUAUGGUGCUGGCAACAUGCCCUCCAACCGCAGUGAUAUCGUAAAGGUGCUGAAGGAAGCAACACAACGGGGAGUAAUCCUGGUCAACAUCACACAGUGUAUGCAUGGAUCUGUUGACACCAUCUAUGAGACAGGCGAGGCCUUAGUAGAAGCUGGGGUGAUGGCAGGUCUAGACAUGACCCCAGAGGCAGCCCUCACCAAACUCAGCUAUAUCCUAGCUAAAAGGGAUUGGAACUUUGAAACCAAAAAGAAGAUGAUGACAAAGAACCUGCGGGGGGAGAUGACAGCGGUGAAUCAGGAGGAUGAAGGUGAAUCUCGUGAACUAGACAUUGUUAGUUCCAUCGCUCGUGCUCUUCAACUGUCCUCCAGUGAUGAUGUGGAGCAUGUCAAGGAGCUUCUGAUUCCCACAAUGUUUUUCUCUGCAAUUGCGAAUGCAGAUAUUUCUCGCUUGGAAGAGAUAUAUCAAAAUACAGCUAUUUCGGGCAUCGAAAUCAACCUUCAGGAUGCAUCUGGCUGGACUGCUCUUCACAUGGCAUGUAAUGAGGGAAUCUUGGAAAUAGUGGUGUGGCUACUUCAACACGGUGCCUCAGUACACAUCAGGGAUAAGUUAGGGCGUUCUCCCCUCAGUGUAGCCAUCGAGAAUGAUCACCACAAGAUAAUUGAGCUGCUGGUUAAAACAGGAGCACAUGUAAUUGAGUCUCCAGUAAGACUUGGGGAUGUCCUUGUGGCAGCAGCAGCAGCAGGCAAUUCAAAGAGACUCCUGACGUAUCAUCUGGCUGAUGUUGACCUCUCUUACAGUGAUCCCUGUGGCCGUUCUGCUCUACAUGCUGCAUGCACUGUGGGAUCUGAAGAGUGUGUGCAAGUGUUGCUGGAUGCUGAUGUACCUACUGAUGUGCGGGACCGAACUGACCUAACGGCAGUCAUGUGUGCCCAGAUCAACAACAACCAGCACCUGGUGGACCUUAUAGCUACCCAUGAGGAGAGGAUUGAGGAGGUGCGUCGCAGCAUGAAUUACAGCGGGAUGGAGUUGCCGAGGGGUAAAGAUGCCGCCUGCACCAUCACUGGUGGUCCUUCAUCACCACAUGUAGAUCUGCAACACUGUGUGUAACUCUACAUUACCACUUGUGUUCUCCAGCAAAUCGUGUCCACAAAUUACUUAAUGCUAAAUGGAAACAUUUACACAGCAUUACUGUAUUCUUUCAUCAGCAUCUGCAGAUAAUUGUUUUCAAGUCCUUUGAAUCUCCAUUUUCACAUUAUAUUAUCAGCUUCUUGAGUCAAAAUACUCAUUCUUCACCAGUUAAAGUUUCACCAUACUGUAUUACUGUUUUGUAUUUGUACCUAUGGACACUUACUUUAUUUUGCUUUACUGCACUUUACUCGGUUGUAUUAUCAUUGUCCAUCAUCAAAUUUCCCAUUAUUUUUAUAUGAUACAGAACUGUAUUUUGCUCAGUUUAACUUCCUGAAGUUUAAGGUGGAAUACAAUACUGAGCUGAAUAUAUAUUGUUCUUUAAACACAAUUUCCCACAGAUGAAAUUGCUUUCAUUUAUGAUAAGUGGUGACUUUCAUAUAAUACCUAUUACUUGUACACAUUCUUGUCUGUCAGUCUGUUAUUCUAGCUACCUUACAAUGAGUUUUAUUUUAGGGUUUUUUAAACUUAUUUCAUAUGAGUGAAGGCUUGGCCUCUGUUCAUUCAUCAUUUUACUGUACAGUAUUUACAUAAAAACUAUAUUCUCCUGUUUAUGAUACUGCUGAAUUACUUUGGUAGUCAGGGUGACACCGUUAGUCUUAACCUUAUUUAAGCACCUGUUCAUUGCAGCACCUAAUAAUUAUGUUAUACAGUAUUGCACAAAAGCAUCUGUGCUUUUAAGAUAAUAUGAUAUAAAUGUAACAAUUGCUAUCUCAGCAAAAAUAGUUAAGUCGUGACAUCCUGUUCUACCAGGUGAUGGAGUUAUGCCAAGCCUGAAGAAAGCAAAUAGCCUUGUACUUAUUUGUUAAUGUUACCAUGUGAGUUUGCUGUAUACCCUAUGAUGUGCACUUGUUGAACUUCAUGGUAAAUCAUGAAAACAAUUUUUAAAGAAUUCUAGUUUAUAUACUACAGUACAUACAUAUGUGUAGUAGAAAGAUUAUCCUUCUCGGUCUUGUAUAAAUAAAGGGCUGCCCAGUGUGGCAGACAUGAGCCAUGGUGUACUUGGGUAGUGGCCAAA